CGGCAGGCCAGGGGACGACAAGUCGCGAAAAAAAAGAUGGAAAAAGAUAGCGGCAUCGAAUUAGGUCAACGACAACGACAGCGACAGCGACAGCGACGGUAUUUGCGACGCCACUCCCGCGAAACGACAGCGCAAAGAUGCCCUGGUUAUAGUCGAUGCUCACUGGAUACAUGUUGUCUUGGAGAGCUUGGCCGCGCCUAUGUGGUGAUCGCGUUUAUGGACUUUCGCUGACAACAAGACGACGCAGCAUCCUGCGCUGUCCUCCAAGAACAAGAAUAAGAACGACCUUCAGUCGAUCCGAAUCGUCAAGUGCAAGUGCAAGUGCGAGUGCGAGUACACCCCCUGCAUUCUCGCUGAGCCAACGCCUCGCCGAACUUCCCCUCCAGCCUCACCCCGAAGAAAAGACAAUCCUCGCCGAGCAUCAAGUCGAAUAUCCCACGGCGGGCGAGAGACACGCCGGGAAGCGGAGGCUGCACCGGGUCCUCCAGCAACAGCGAUACCAUCAGAACCGCAUUCACCCUGUGCCCCCUGAUUGGCGCACCAUCCUGCACAACCUGGUCGCAUGGACUCCCGCUCAGGGCGUAGUGCGCGAGAAGAUCAAGGUUGUCUUCUCGAGGGAUGCCGCCAGCGCGCUCAUGUCGGAUGGCGAGAACAAUGUAUGGAACAUACAAGCGAGGUCCGGCUGUGCCAUGGCCGCGCACUGGCCCGACGAGAGCGCGCCCGCCGACGAAGAUGCCUUCAUUAUUAUAGCUGGCCAACCCGCCGCCGUCGGCCAGGCGGUUGACGAGAUCCUCUGCACCGUCAAAAAAGUCGCUGUUUUCAGGCUCGACGGGGACUCCACAUCGGCCCAAGAGUCAGCCGAAGCCACAACGAAAGUGCGGAACCACGACGGACCUUAUACGCUUACCGUGAGGGCAGACCAGAUCCCACAGCCCAGCGUCUGGACCCCUGCGAACUUUGAGCGCUACGUUGCCUCCCUGACCAUGGGGCGCAUGCCGGGCAGCGUUGCCAGGAAGGUGUACGAUGGCACCGAAGGACACAAGGACACCGUGGUGCGGCUGCUGCUUGCCGUCUUCAAAGACCCAGCUGCCCAGGCCGCCAUAACGACACGGGCCCUAAAGAUAGCUCUUAGCUUCCUCGUCAACGCGGGCCAGUCGCUUAUUGGCCCCGCUAGGGAAUUGUUCUAUUCCCUUUGGAAGUCGGGUCUGCGCAUAGACUUGGACGUCUUCAACCUCAUGGCUUCCGGAGCGGUUCUUGCCAAAAACCUGCUCGCCUUCCAAGUCAUCAUCCGUUCCAUGAUUCUCAGUGGACAUGAGCCCAAUCUGCGGACUUGGCUGCUAUUUCUCAGCAUGGUUGAGGCAGAGGAAGUCCGACGAUACAUUAUAGAGGCCAUGGAGACCAAGGGCUUUUUCGAGACCCCCCAGGGCGUCAUUGGCGUUGCCCAAGUGAUGGCUUCACACGACGCCUUGCGCGCAAUCAGACUCGGCCAGAGCGUCCAGGAGUUGCUCGCGGUCCAGGAAAGCACGUAUGGUCCUCACUGGCGGCUGACAACGCGGGCCGGCAACAACAUGCUGGAGGUCUUUGGGCGCUAUGGCAAGUUUGACGACGCCAAGGUCAUUCUCGAAGCCAUGUUUGGCUCCAACUGUGUAUAUGCUAAGGUUGGGCCAAACACCAGCUCGCUGAACACACUCCUGCGCCAUUGCAGGCUCCAGGGGCGAAUCGACGACGCAAUCGGGAUUAUCAAGCUGUUGCACGAGCGGGGGUUCGAUCAGUACGACGAAAUCACGUUCCACAUACUGUUCACGACGGCAUGGCACCUCCAGAGGCCCCAUCUAGCCAGCGCCGUGUCUCGCUACGCCCACCUUGCCGACGCCACGUCCUGGCGCAUGCGGCAGUACGUGAUCUUCUUCCUUGACGAUCACGACAAGCGCAAGAGGUUGCUCAAACCACUGGCCAAGUACGGCUUGUGGGACGAGAGGCACGGGUGGAAAUAUCCACAGCAGGACUUUGUCAGAAACCUCUUCCUCUGUGACGCCAGACACAUGCUUGAACCAUUAUCCAUUUCAAUGACAGGCGAUAGAAUUGCGGGUCGACUCUAUGAGAAGUACUCUGACUGGGCGUUCAGCACGUCCCGAUUAAGGCGCCCCGCGGUGCCGCUGGGGGAGUUUCUCGAGAAGGCGCUCGCUCGCGACCGGCAACUACUUGAAUUGACACGCUCAGGUCCUCAGGAGAACCGCGAGGGAACUCCGGACCUCAUGUUACCGAUUGAAAUGCCCCUAGAAAAGAAGUCGAGGUCCCGGGUCAAGCUGGGGGUUUCCCGGACAGAAGAGAACGAGUUGGCGGAGGAUGGGGCCGAGAACCACCACGCGCGAGAGCGUACCAAGCACCGUAACCCGUCAAACGCAGCUCACCAGGGGAAGGCCGAGGCCCGUCAUGGCGGAGAACCGAUAUACUCGGAAAUUGAAAGACUACUCAGGGCGCACGAGUCAGAAGAUGACAUGGCCGAAGGCCUACAUAAUCAACAACCGGUCUGCUCACAGACACAGCGGGCAUUGGAGAGACCUGCAUCGGAAAACGGCAAGGAGGCUAAACCGAGGAACAGCCAGGAAUCAGUAUAUUCCGAAAUAGAGAGCCUGCUCGCAGGACUCGAGUUGGAAGGCGACGACGAGCAGCCAGCAGCGAUACCAAACACGACGGAAACGGCACCAAACUACUAUAAUACGGGGGCGGAUCAGUCUCGCUAAUAUCACCAUCAUCACGAAAGAUGGUCGAGUGGUGUGCAGAGGCGCGACUCGGACAAGGGCGAGGAAGUCCCCCCGUUAGACGUGCGGCGAAGCGACAGCUUGUACGACGCGUCCCAGUCAGCAGCAAUGGAGGACGAGGCCCGCGAACAAGUGCGUGUUGAUCAUCCGCCGGAAGCUGCUGCGGGGACUUGGCACGCCAUGCGGCAUCAUCAUCGCCUUGACAUUGAUGACCAACGCGAAUCGGAUGUGGAUGUGUCAAGACAGAGACAGAGGCCGGUAUAGAGAGAGAAGUUAGGGGUCAAGCCAAUAUCAUGAUGAUGCCUCUAGAUGUAUAUAUUGUAACAUUAGACAUAAGGUAGAUACGUAUGUACUACUUAGUGUUGUAUAUCAGCUAUA